AGGCCACGUGUUGUUUCCAUGGCAAAACCACCCAAUGCGGUCGACCCAUCAAACAAAUUGGUUAUGAUGGCCAAUAUUUAUACAUAAGAAAAAGGUUGUCGCCAAAAAAUUGGUAGCAGGAGCUAACAUACUAUGGAUACGAGGCAGAGCGUCGCGUCGGUGGUGAAGCCGUCGUUGCCCACCGAUGGCGGUGCCCCGGCCACGGCGUCGUUCCGUCUCCGAAACGGCAGCCUCAACUCGGUUCGCCUCCGCCGGGUGUUCGACCUGUUCGACAAGAACGGCGACGGUGAGAUCACGGUCGACGAGCUGGCGCAGGCGCUGGAUUCACUCGGGCUCGUCGCCGACCGCGAGGGCCUGGCCGCCACCGUGGGCGCAUACGUCCCCGAGGGCGCGGCGGGGCUUCGGUUCCAGGACUUCGAGUCCCUCCACCGCGAGCUGGGUGACGCGCUCUUCGGCGCGCUGGAUGACGUGCCCGAGGAUGGCGAGGCCGGCGCCGGUGGGGACGAGGAGGAAAUGAAGGAGGCGUUCAAGGUGUUCGACGUCGACGGCGACGGCUUCAUCUCGGCAUCCGAGCUGCAAGAGGUGCUCAAGAAGCUGGGCCUCCCCGAGGGCGGCAGCCUCGCCACCGUGCGCCAGAUGAUUUGCAACGUCGACCGUAACAGCGACGGCCGCGUCGACUUUGGGGAGUUCAAGUGCAUGAUGAAGGGGAUCACGGUGUGGGGCGCGUGACCAUCGAAACCAAUCGUGUCCCAUCGCACGCUGCAACAAACCGCGCAUCGUCUCGUUCAUAGGUGGCGAUCAGAAUCGGUUCCGUCGAUCAAGGACACUAUCUUAAAUUGGUUGCUAUAUGUACAUGUGGUUAUACAGUACUCCUAUAUCUUUAUUCAUGUGGCCUUGACUAAUUAGUUAGUUAAGUGGU